AUGAAGGAAAUCUCAGCGGAAAUCUAAGUGAGUAAUGAUCCUUCUCUAUGUUAUCGAAUUGAGAUCUUUACAGUUGAUCCCAAAAUCCCCCUCAAAACCUCGGUUUCUAUCUUCCUCAUCUCUUUCUAGACGCUCUCUUCCUCGUUUCAGAGAAAAUCCCACCAACAGGAACGCAACUCACCCAAUCGUUCUCAAGAAUCCACUUCUCUCACUUCUAGAAAAAUGCAAAUCCUUGUGCCAAGUGAAGCAAAUUCAAGCUCAAAUGGUUAUGACGGGCUUAAUCUUCGAUGGGUUUGCUUCCAGCCGCCUUGUUUGUUUUUGCGCGGUGUCAGACUGCAGAAAUUUUGAUUACUGUACCAAGAUACUGUAUAAUUUGCAAAACCCAAAUUUGUUUUCUUGGAAUAUAGCGAUUAGAGGGGCUGCAGAGAGUGAAAACCCUGAAGAUGUUAUUGUUUUGUAUAGGAAAAUGUUGGAGCAUGGUGGGUGUAGGCCAGAUAAUUUUACUUAUCCUCCUAUGCUUAAAAUUUGUGCUGGUUUGGUGUUGAAAGAUGUGGGUCAUGAGAUUCUUGAUCAUAUUUUGAAGUUGGGUCUUGAUGCCGAUAUAUAUGUGCAUAAUGCUGUGAUUCAUAUGUUGGUGUCAUGUGGGGAACAAGAGUUGGCACGGAAGGUAUUUGAUGAAAGUCUUGUAAGAGACUUGGUGUCCUGGAAUUCUUUGAUUAAUGGCUAUGUUAGGAGUGGUAGGGCAAAGGAUGCACUAGAGCUUUUCAGAGAAAUGCAGGUGGAGGGAGUUGAGCCGGAUGAGGUGACUAUGAUUGGGGUGGUUUCAUCGUGUGCAGAGUUAGAGAAUUUAAACAUGGGGAGAGAAUCUCAUCAGUACAUUGAAGAAACUGGAUUGAAUUUGACAAUACCACUAGCUAAUGCAAUCAUGGACAUGUAUGUUAAGUGCGGGGACCUUGAGGAAGCACAAAGAAUAUUUGAUAAUAUGGAGAAGAAAACAAUUGUAUCUUGGACUGCAAUGGUUGUUGGAUAUGCCAGAUUUGGGUUUUUCAAUGCUGCUAGGAAACUUCUUGAGGAGAUGCCAGAGAGGGAUGUUGUGCCAUGGAAUGCAUUAAUAGGAGGCUAUGUACAAGCUGAGUGUGGUAAGGAGGCGUUGGCUUUAUUUCAUGAAAUGCAAGCUGGUAAUGUAAGGCCUGAUGAGGUAACAAUGGUUCAUUGCUUAUCUGCAUGCUCACAAAUUGGAGCUCUCGAUGUUGGAAUAUGGAUUGACCAAUAUAUUAAAAAACACAAUCUUUAUUUGAAUGUUGCUCUGGGGACUGCUCUAGUUGACAUGUAUGCUAAGUGUGGGAACAUCACAAGGGCUCUCCAGGUUUUCCAUGAGAUGCCAGCUAGAAAUUCUUUGACAUGGACAGCCAUUAUUGGAGGUUUAGCCCUUCAUGGGAGUGCACAUGAUGCCAUAUCUUAUUUCUUGGAGAUGAUUGAUGUUGGAUUAAUGCCAGAUGAGAUAACCUUUCUUGGGGUUUUGUCAGCCUGUUGUCAUGGAGGAUUGGUUGAUGAGGGUCGUAAAUAUUUUGCCCAAAUGAGUUCUAAGUUCAAUCUAUACCCUCAACUGAAACACUACUCUUGCAUGGUGGACCUCCUAGGCAGAGCUGGUCUUUUGGAAGAAGCAGAGGAACUAAUCAACAGCAUGCCUAUUCAAUUUCAGACAGAUGCUGUGGUGUGGGGAGCAUUGUUCUUUGCAUGUCGAGUUCAUGGCAAUGUCUUGAUGGGCCAAAGAGUUGGCAUGAAACUUCUUGAACUGGAUCCUCAUGACAGUGGAACUUAUGUAUUACUUGCCAACAUGUAUGGUGAUGCAAAUAUGUGGGAGAAAGCAGGGAAGGUAAGGAAGAUGAUGAGGAAGCGGGGAGUAGAAAAGACACCUGGUUGUAGCUCAAUUGAGGUAAAUGGCAUUGUUUAUGAGUUCAUUGUCAGGGAUAAAUCUCACCCUGAAUCUGAACAGAUCUACAAUUGCUUGGUUCAGCUAACAAGACAAUCAGAAUUUGUUGAAUGUAUGUCUGAUCUUGCCAUCCAUAGUGAUGACAGUCUCUUAUCAUUUGAACUUGAAACACAAAGGCCUAUAUUUUGUGGAAAUUAUUCUGCACAGGCCUAUUGCAUCAUGUAAUGCAGGCAUGUCAGACUAUUAAUGUUCAAUUAUCAAUUUGCUUCGAUUGUUCUUCUCAUGUCUGUCCAAGACCCAGAAGUUCUAUUUUUUGCCAGCUUGGCCAUUAACUUCUGGUAUGAUCGCUAUCAGAAAAUUGCUGACUUUGCCAUGAUCAGGUCAGAUCUCCUGUUAUCUAUGCACUGUUUUUCUUUGGUAUCUAAAAUUUUCCUAGUAUUUUGAUGUUGAAU